AUGGCGGCAGCAGAAAAUAUAGUGGAUCUAAAAGAAGCUAUGGAGCAGCAAAGCGCUCACUGCACUGAUCAAAAACAACCUGACAUGAAUGCUCCCAACAGAGACACUCUACUUUUAAACUUGGUUAUUCAAAGAUAUGAAGGUGAAACUUUUGAGAACCAGCCAAGUGGAGAAGGAGUCGCAUGUUUUGUUGGAGGUCACGUGUAUAAGGGUUCAUUUUCCAAGGGACUAAUGGAGGGACAUGGUGUAUUCACAUGGGCAUGUGGAUUAAAAUAUGAGGGGAGUUUUGUCAGCAACAUAAUGAUGGGCCUUGGUACAUACACUUGGCCUGAUGGAAGCACAUACAAUGGUGAGGUUCAGUACAGCAUAAGACAUGGGACUGGAUCAUACUAUUGCUCCAGAAAUGGUGUGUUGUACAAAGGUCAUUGGCACCAAGGCAAAAGACACGGCAAGGGUGCCAUUUAUUACAACCAAGAUAAGACCAGCUGGUAUAAAGGGGACUGGGUAAUGAACAAGAUCAAGGGGUAUGGAGUGAGAAGGUAUCCCUCUGGCAAUAUUUACGAAGGUGAAUGGAUGAGAAACCUAAGACACGGAGAGGGGACAAUGAAAUGGCUUCUGCACGGACAACAGUAUGAGGGAACAUGGUAUAAUGGAGUGCAACAUGGGCACGGCAAACACACAUGGAUCAUAAAGCGAAAAGAUGGAUCGCGAUAUUCCCAAAGUAACCAGUACGUUGGGGAUUUUGUAUGUGGCCAGAGACAGGGACAAGGAACUUUUUACUAUGCCGAUGGUGCAGUGUAUAAGGGAGAGUGGAGGAACAACAAAAAGCACGGAAUGGGAAAAUUUACAUUUAAAAAUGGGAAGGUUUUCCAAGGCGAGUUUGUGGAUGAUCAGAUGAUACAGUUGAGAAAUGACAAACCUCUCCCAUUGCUAGCCUCUGAUAGCUCAUCUCUGCUAGGACCAGACAUGACUCUAAACAUUGACAUGCUUCUGAAGAGCAUCCCUGAGAAAAAACGAGAUGCAGAACUCAAAGAAGUGGAGUUGGUGGUGUUAAGGCACAGCACUGAACUGAGAUCCAUCUACAGUUUCUACAGCCGACUUGGACGUGCUCAUUCCCCGGACAACACCUUCAUGCUGUCCCGGAUGCAGCUGUGGCGUUUGCUUAAAGACUGUAAAGUCCAUCAUCAUGACAUCACUCUGAGCCAAAUUGACUUGCUGACCAGAUGUGCUUUAGAGGGUGUCACCUUAACAGAGGUCCACUCGCCUUUCACUGGGAUGCUGUUUUGCAAGCUCCUUUCCUGUCUAGUGGUCAUUGCUUAUCACAUUUAUCAUAAAGACAUGGUUUCACAAAGGGAUCUUCUAGCGGCUAGCUUUUCCAAACUGAUGACAAACGACAUCCUACCUAAUGCAAAAAAUGUAAAAGGUUUUUUGUUUAGGCAGCAGGAACAUACAGAAGUUGCCAUGCGAUACUGUGGGAAGAGCUGGGAGGUUUACCGGGCUUUCUGCACACUUAAAGACCGUUCACGAGAAGACAAGACAAUGACAUGUCGAGACCUGCUGUUCAUGUUUAAGGAAUUUCAUUUGCUUGAUGACAGACUUACUGCCUUGGAGUUCAUGAAGGUCAUUUCUCAAGAGAGUCGUGACCCUAGCAACACAUCCUGUUUGCUAAAUCUAGAGAUUACAUUUCUGGAGUUUUUUGAUGCAGUUCUGGGCUGUGCAGAGGUCAAAUGCCAGUUGGAUCACAAUGAAAUAGAUCAAGGGUUAACCUCACAGACUUCUGUGGAUGCCUCAAAAGAUGCAGCUCUUAUUGAAAGUAUGAUGGAUGGUCUUCAAUUGAGAGGUUUGCCUUGUAUAUUCUAUGUAUUGUCAAGUGUUGAUCCAAAUGUGUAA